GCAGCUGAGAGUCCAGAAGAGCAGGGAAGGCUGGGCUUGACAGUCUCAACUCUCCUCUUGCGUGUGUGUGAACUUGAAGGAGAAAGUGAGCAGAGGGCCUUUUGGGGGACUGCAGAGUCGUGGUGUGAAUUGUGAAGAUGGGAGUAGCAGAUAUCACCUGUUAAUAACUGGAGUCUGUUUUGAAGUUGGGAAGACAAAAUAUCCAAAGCCCAGAAAUCAUGGGAGCUGAAGAAGAAAUGCUCAUCACUCUGUCUGGAGGUGCUCCCUGGGGCUUCCGGCUGCAAGGGGGUUCAGAGCAGAAAAGACCCCUUCAAGUGUCAAAGAUCCGAAAGCGAAGCAAAGCGUGUCGCGGAGGCCUGUGGGAAAAUGAUGUGCUAGUAUCUAUCAAUGGGAAGUCGUGUGCUGGCCUCUCCCAUGCUACUGCCAUGCAGAUCAUCGAUUCGUCCAAUGGCAUGCUGAACAUCCUCGUGAAAAGGAUAGUUGGUGGAGAACAGACCGGCCCACGGCUCCAGCGCUCCCCUUCUCCAGGGCAGCGUGUGCUCUCCCCGCCAUCCCCACUCAGCCCCCCAGCAGAGAUACUCAGCCCUGAGCCGGCUGGACCCCCGACCACUGUGCAGCCACGGAGGUCACAGAGGCACCUGGAGAGCCUCACCUCCCCGCCGGAUAGUGAGGCCUACUAUGGUGAGACAGACAGCGAUGCUGACAAUGUGGCCCAGGAGAAGCACCGCCGGGCUCGUAAGAAGAGCCAACGGUCCCCACCCGACAGCACCAACAGCAAGGCAGAUGCGCCUCAGGGCGAGGUGUCCCUGUCUGAACAGAGUGGCUAUGAGAGCAUGCCGGAGGCUGCUGCGCAGGGGGGGGCCGAAGUGGCCAGCUCCAGCAGGGUAGCCAGGAGGGAGAUUGCCUGCCCACCUGGCAGCCGCACAGACACUCCAUUCUCGGAGAGCGAGGGACAGUUGCAGCCACCGUUGACAGAGGGACCGGAGUUUUCUCCAGAGGCGAUGCUCCUGCCCCAUGCUACCAAGGCUAUCCGAGCAGAACGCCAUCUCAUCCCCAUGGUGGGGCCAGUGGAGCAUCCGGUCGAUGAUGAUCUAACCACCACAUACGUGGAGAAAGCCAAGCAGGCCAAACUCCACCGCCACGAGAGCAUCCAAGAGAAGAACGUGAAAGAAGCCAAAACCAAGUGCAGAACCAUUGCAUCCCUGCUGACAGAUGCACCCAACCCCCACUCCAAGGGGGUGCUGAUGUUCAAGAAGCGCAGGCAGAGAGCUAAGAAGUAUACGUUGGUAAGCUUUGGGAGUGUUGACGAAGACCGCUCCUACGAGGAGGAAGACGGUGUUCUUCCAACUAGUGAGUCUGAAUUUGAUGAGGAAGGUUUCUCUGAUGCCCGAAGCCUAACUAAUCACUCAGACUGGGACACUUGCCUGGACAUUGAAAAGUCGAAGUCUCACUCUGAAGAGAAAGAAACGAAGCAAAAAGGUUUGAGUGAAGCUUCAGGUAAAGGAGCACGAUUAUUUGAGCAGCAGAGGGAACGGGCUGGGAAGUACUCAGUCGCUAGAGUCCCGGUGCUGAAGAGCCCCCAGUUUACCCCGGUUGCCCAGCCACAGCAGGUCACAACGAAAGGAGGUAUGCCUGUGCCACAGAAGGCAGAGCGAAUGCCCCUCACCAUCCACCUGGAAGGUGUGCAACUGCCCAGCAAGCAGGCAGCCACCCUCCCCACUCAGCUGCUAGGGCUCCCUAGCCCCACUUUUGUCUCACCUCCCCCAGUCACCCCCGACUCCUUCUCUGCAAGCUCAAAAAGCAUGUUCAACAGGUCUGCACGGCCCUUUACUCCUGGCUCUUCUGGCCAAUGCGCAGCAGCAACCUCUGUCAUCUUCACGCCAUCCGCACCCAAAAAACCUAGUGAAAGUCUGAGUGGGCAAAGCACGGUGGUUCCCCCUUUCUCACCUUCAGCUCCAGGAACACCUACCAAUGCACAGGUGCCAACGCACCGCGGUCCAAUCAGCUCCACCACAUCUCUGUAUAUUCCUGCACGAGGAAGGCCAACACCACCACUGCAGUCAGAGCCAAGUGUAGGAGGUGCUCCAGAGACUAAGCCUUCUGCCAACACUGCCCGGACAUCCACCACUUCUAUAUUUCUGUCAACUCCCUCAAAGCCAGAAGGGGAGGCCUUCGCAGCAUCCCAGCCAGGAGUCCCUGGAACAGCCUCUUCGGCUUUGUAUAUUAGUCCAGCACCAUCACAGCACAUGAUGAUAAGUAGUUCCCCCAUGCCAAAGCAGCGUUUUCCUCCUGUCUCACCAGCUAUGCCACGAAAUCCUGCUGAGCCCUUAACGUCCAGGGAGCAGAGGAUUGCCACGCCAGCUCCCCGCACAGGUAUCUUGCAGGAAGCUCGCCGGCGAGGCAACAAGAAACCCAUGUUCAGUAAGAUUGAGGAGAAGCAGAAAAAUUCACCAAACCCUGAGCUCCUGUCUCUGGUGCAGAACCUGGAUGAGAAGCCGAAAGGUGACCAUCCUGGCGCAGGCUUCGAGUCUGGGCCUGAGGAGGACUUCCUCAGUCUGGGUGCUGAGGCCUGCAACUUCAUGCAGUCCUCUGGCCGCAAAUUCAAGACUCCGCCUCCAGUGGCUCCUAAGCCUCAGCAGCAAGACGUUGGACUGGUAAAUGGGGCCCAGGACAUGCCUCAGCUUAAAGGCAAGGGGGCAGAGCUCUUUGCUAAAUGCCAGAGCCGCAUGGACAAAUUUGUGGUGGAGACAACAGCGAAGCCAGAAUCCAAGCCUAGACCUCCCUCUCCUUCCCCUUCUCUCCCGUCAUCCUGGAAAUAUUCACCCAACAUCCGGGCUCCCCCUCCAAUAGCUUACAACCCAAUGCUGUCCCCUUUCUAUCCCCUAGCAGCUAGUAAAUCUCAGGCUAGCAAAGCAGAGAGCAAAGUGAAAAAGGCACCUGGCCAGAAAUCAGGGAUCAAGGUCAUUGAUUUAAUGCGCCACCAGCCCUAUCAAUUAAAGUCAGCUAUGUUCUGUUUUGAGGAAACCCCGGGCUCCAACAUUCAAGAAUCUCCUGGACAGCCAGCCCUGCAGACUAGGUCAGCCUUCACAGCAGAAAAGCAGAUCGCCGUGAAAACACCCAAGGCCCAGGAGAUUCGUCGCUUCUCCACUCCAGCUCCCAUGCCAGCCUCAAGCAGCCUGGCACCCACUGUUCUUGCUCCUCGCUCGGCCACCGCAUUGGAUGAGCCAGUGUGGAGAAAAGAAAUGGCCUCUUCUGCCCCCGCUACACCAGCGGCCUUCCAGGUGGAGCUUAGCCAGUCCCUUAAGCCAUACCAGAGCUUCCCAGAGCCUGGUCAGGCAGGGCAGGGGCCUUAUCCAAAGCCAGCCUCGGCCUCGCGGUUUCAGUCAGCCAGGCCCAAAUUCUCAGCAGCGAGAACAGGGAUGCAGGCCAAUGUGUGGAGGCCGAGCUUUGGCCACCACUGA